CUUUAAGUUUCGUUUCUCGGGAGGUUGGGUCAUUCUGUUUAUAAACAGGCCAGAUCAGCUGUGAGAGUUUGUUUCCUCUUCUGACACCAACAGUGUUGACACUGACUCUGACAGGAUGGCUGAACCGGAGUGGACAAGCAUCUUCCAGAAUUAUGCAACAAGUAUGAGAGAAGGAGAUUCCUGGUGUCUUCAAUUUGACAAUACUCUUGUUCCUAAUAGCCCAAAGCCAGGCUGGAAGCAGUAUAUCAAGAACACAGCUGCAAGGUUCCGAUGCACCAAGUGUGGAAGAAGCUGGCCUUCCAACAAAGUGAUGGUGGUCUUCCACAUGCAGCUAAACGAUGGCCAGGGCGUCGUCAAGGUGAGGCGUUUCCGUCAGGACUGCAAGAAAUGCGACAAAGCUCCUAUGGAGAAGCCCAGCAUUACCCCUGAAAACAUCAACGUCCUCAUGGAGAGCCUGGUGGAGAAGAUCAGAAUAAAAUGCUACCAUGAAGACCUGGGCCAAGUGAACCAUCCAUUCCAAAAGCUGGAUGUGAAAAGUCCCCAUGAGCCCACUCAUUGUGAGGCCUGUAGGGAAGGCAUCUGUACACAGGAGAUGCAAAUGUGAGGCUUACAUAUCAGAGUCAAGCUAAUAUGAAAAUAAUAUUAAGUAUAAAAUUAUUUAAGAUAUAUUCAUGUGUAUACAAAUCUGUGUCUUAAAGCAUUAAUAUAAGGAAGAUUUUAUGAAGACUGCGAUGUUUGUUCUCAUUCUGUGCAGUAUAUCUUCUUGACAUUUUCUUGUUUUUGUUUUGUUGUAACAAGACUUGUUUGUUUGAGUUUUUAUGGCUAUAAGCUCAUAAUAGCAAAGCCUCACUUAUAAGUUUUCCUCCUGCCAUUUUGUUUCCUUGUAUUUACCAUCUAUCACAUGUAGGCCUAUAUAAUAUGAUGAUGCACGUAGACUUUCAUGUUCGUGUUGUAAGAGGUCCGUUUUCUGUAACAUGUCAAGACACUAGUUCAAAAGCAUGAAAAAGCCUCUGAAUUGAAACAUGUUAAUAAAGCUCAAACAAACAGGAAAAA